CCUCGCGGCCGCUGCCGCUUCUCCGGUUGCGGGGGAACCGGAACGGUGCUGGUGGUUGGUCGGUGGUGGUGGUGGUGUUGGUGGGGAGGCCGAGUCGCCUGGGCCCUCGAAGGGCUGGGGGUCCGGGUGGCGGUAAAGUCCCGCCUGGAGCCUCGGCGCUGUGGGGUAAGCGCUUCUUGACGCGCGGAGCUCGUAGUUUUGGGGAGAAGCGUGGGGCUUCUGUGGGGAGAAGAGGCAAAACACACCCCCACAUGAAAACGGCCUGGUCUUGCGUCUCUUCGGCUCAACGGUGUUAACCCCCCCCCCCCCAAAAAAAAGGAAAAGGGGGGGAAGCGCUCUGGAGUAAAAGUCACUUCAGGGGCUCAGAGGAACUUGGCACGUCUGCGUGCUCUUGACUGCUUUUAUUUUGGGGGUGGGUAGCUCGGUGCAUCUUACCAUCUGCCUUUCUGACUUAAGAGGAAAUGCAAGGAGGAAUUCUAUCGGGUUGCCUUGACACUUGCAUGGUGCUCGUGUUGGUGGUGCCUGUAAUGAGGCACAGCCCCCCUCUCAAGUGAGAGCUGUCACUUUAAGCCCCCCCCCCCCGCCCUGCAUGGUUAAGCUGUACUCUUUGUGUUACAUUGCAUAACUAACUUCCCCAGCUUCCUUGCAGUGCUUGAGGUUGUCGCAUGAAGCUGGUUGGAUUAAAAGCAAAUGCUUCCGUAUCUUUGCUUUGUGUUGUGCGGUUAAUGGGAACAUCCCCCUAGAUGAGUUCAGCUUUAGGGUCUUAGUGACAUACUGAGCAUGUUCCAGUUUUCCUUGAAGGGGCCCUAACUCUUACUCUCAGGGUUGUGGUUUUGAGCCCUACAGUGGGCAAAAGGUUCCUGCAUUGCAGGGGGUUGGACUAAAUGACCCUCUGGGUCCCUUCCAACUCAGUGAUUCUGUCUCAGCAGUUGAUGGUGCCUUUUUUGUGUUGCUUCAUGACGCCCUCCAGUCGUCAUUAAAGGUUGCUGCUGCAUAUCACAGUUGUGCUUGACUUAAGUUAUGGGUUGUCUUCCGGCAACAGCAUCAGUUCAUUGGGGCUUAGAGUUCGCCUUCAAGGUAGCCGGUGUGAUUUAGGUCACAUGAUUUCAUUGAAAGCAAUUUUUUUUGGUGAUUGGGUAGGAAUUUGUUGUAUAGAGAUUUCUGAUGUUCAGACAUUACAGAAACAAUCUCCUGUUCCAAACUCCGAAUGUGUCUGCAGUCUUAUGCUAUAAUAUGAGACGUGAAAGUAUGCCACCUCUAUUAAUUAUGGAAUUUACUUCUACAAAGUGUCUUUAAGAUUAGUGCACUGAUCGCUUGGUUGAAAAUAUCAGAAAGGUCCUUCAAUAAAGUCACUUUCUGAUAGGCUUUAGUAUCACAAUAUGCAACUAAUAUGUUGCUCCCUUCCUCUCCAAAGAAAGCAGGAAUUGUUUCUUACAAAUUUCAAAUUAUUUAAGGUUUUAAAGUCGGGGUGUCAAGAUGAAAGUAGGCUUGGACUAUUUGAUUCAGCUUGUCUGUGUUUUAUAGAUUCUUUUUAUUCUGGUCCUUGAUUCAGGGUAUGCUUUUUUACUGUUGAGUAUAAAUUGCUGCUAACAUUCUGAACUGAAAAGUAGUUCCUUCUAGCUUUAGAUUGUUACAAAUUCAAAUUGCUUGUAAGUAAAGGCAAGAUAAAUGUAUUCCUCAGGAUCUAGUUCUCUGCUUGAAUAAGUAUCAAGUAUUGCACUGAACAGUUCAUUAUUAUGAUGUUAACAUUCAUUAAUCUAUUUCUGACACAAAGUUAACAUCAAAAAUCUUGUGGAAUAUGUUAUUCUGUCAGUACAUUGAAAAGUCGUAAAAAGAGGAGUUACAAUUUUGUAGUACCUUGGUAAUUGAGAACUAUUGUUUUGUGCAAACAGAAUUUAACUCCUUUCCCACCCUGCUCUUCACACCUUGGGCCUCUUCUGGCUGGAUCUUAGUUGCUGCUUUUAUCACUGUAAAAAUAACUUACAUAUUAUUGGGCACUUUGUCAUACAUAAUUUAAUAUUUUAUGUAACACUUUGAUUGUGCAGAUGCUAUGCUGAGACCAUUACUAGAGACAUAGGUAUCAUUUUCUUAAGCAGCAGUGCAGCAUAUUUGGAGAAAAUUUGAUUUGAUGGGAGGCUUUGAAAUUUACUUUGAAACCUAAGGAGAAAUUCUAUCCGGUGAAAAAUAAUGCAUGGCAGAUACACACUUAAGAGGGGGAGGAUGGACACCAGCAGGAAUAUUGGGGGGUGGGAGUCAUUGCCAUGCUUUUAUAUGAUGAACAGCAUGCAUUCAUAUGCAAGGAUUUAAUUGGGGUGAUACCACAUUUUUCUAAUCAGUGUUUGUUUGAAUACUGUACCCUCUGUAAUCUUGUGGAAACAACAGUGAAGACCUUGGACAGGUUGCAGAAACAAGAGGGACAUUUGGAAGCUUAGAAAACUGCUUUGCAAUGUGAAGUUCCUAGGGCAAAAUAUUCCUAGGGCAACCGUUCAACUGUACCCUAUAAAGCAAGGGUGGGCUGAAAGUAGAUCAAGAUCUACUGGUAGAUCUUAGACUGAUUGUCAGGGUUUUGUACUUUCAGUUGUUAAACAGUACCAGCAAAAAUUAGUUUCUCUGCUAAAUUAAGACUGCUGAAAUAAAUAAAAGUAACCAGGAAUGUAUUUUUGCAGGAAAGGGUUAAAAGAUCAGUUUUGUUUUGGACCAAAAAACAAUUCCUAGGUUUAGAAUGUGCUCAGAAGCAUGCCCACUUUUUAAAAACAACAACAACAACCCUAUAUCUCUCUUGCACCUAGCUCUCUUGAGUACAUCUUGUGGUGCUAAUAGAGAACAAAGGAAACCCAACAAACCUGAAGUCUAUCCACCCCUGCGCUAAAGUAUUUGAAGACAUGGUAUAUUUGAGGAUGGACUCUUCUGUGUUCCUUUUCUAGUGACCCACCAGUCAUUCAUCAGCAAAGAAACAGUUUCCUUGGUGGAAGGGGAUUUGGAAGCAAAGAAAUAAUAUGAGAGUGCAAGUAUUACAGUACUUCUCCUUGCGUGUAUCUGUCAUCAUGCAAGUUGACUACCUGCCCCAAAUAAAAGUACAACUUUUUGUACAGGCAGAGGGGGUGACAGCACACACAGGUGAAGGGCACUGGACUCUGUCAACUGUGCUUGGCGAGUUAACCAGAUUUCUAAAUGUCCCAAGUGACAGAAGUUUUAUACUGGUAAGCUUAUAAGAGACUGCUUAGAACAAAAAAUUAUAGCUGUAAACUUGUGAUGUGUUGCUUGUAAAAGUUGCCUCUCUGAUCAGAAUACUGUACUAAAUUGGUUUACUCCCCCCCCAAAUAAAUCUUGACUUGGUUCACUUUUUUUUUAAAAAAAAGGCAUUGGUUUCUUCUUAUUUAUUUAACUAAUUUAUAGGCCACUUGAUCCUUUACACGUCUAUAUGAAACUCAUACAAAAAUGUCUCGUAGUUUGCCAAGUUUGUAGAGUAGGUAGUGCUUUGUGGCCUUUUAAGUAUUGACCUACGGUACAUUUGUAAAAAGUCUUACAUGGCAAAUAUGAAUUUCCUUUGUGUGAAGAGGUAAGAAGGCUUCUAUAAUCUGGAUCAGUAGUUCUGUGAUUUCUCAGGCUGUUGAUACAUCACAGAUUACUUAUACUGUCAUGUGGAGGCAAGCAGGUAGGCUUGUAAUUCUUGUGGGGUUGUUUGCAAGCCUUUAUCAGGGCAUAUAAUGGUUUGUGUCCAGUGUAUCUAAGAAAUGUCCUCCUUCCUUAUGUUCUGUCUUGCACACCAAGAUUUAUCAAGAGUAUUUUACUGACUGAAUUAAUUUUGUGCCGUGGAAUCAGGGUUUUUAUAAAGAGUUUCAUUGCUUGACUCAUAACUAGGAAUCUCUUCUUCCUAGACAUUUAUUGGAGCCUAAACUGAGGAUUUUUCAGAAAUACUAAGAAAUUUGGUGAGCGACCUCAACCUAAACGGCUCACCAGGGAAGCAAUGAGAAACUAUUUAAAGGAGCGUGGCGAUCAAACAGUCCUAAUCCUUCACGCAAAGGUUGCACAGAAAUCGUAUGGAAAUGAAAAGAGGUUCUUUUGCCCCCCUCCCUGUGUCUAUCUUAUGGGUAGUGGGUGGAAGAAAAAAAAAGAACAGAUGGAACGGGAUGGCUGCUCUGAACAAGAGUCUCAACCAUGCGCCUUUAUUGGGAUCGGUAAUAGUGACCAAGAAAUGCAGCAGUUAAAUCUGGAAGGAAAGAACUAUUGCACAGCUAAAACCUUGUACAUAUCUGACUCCGACAAGCGAAAGCACUUCAUGUUAUCAGUAAAAAUGUUCUAUGGCAAUAGCGAUGAUAUUGGUGUGUUCCUCAGUAAACGAAUCAAAGUAAUUUCCAAACCAUCUAAAAAGAAACAGUCACUGAAGAAUGCAGAUUUGUGCAUUGCAUCGGGGACAAAAGUGGCACUAUUCAAUAGACUUCGGUCGCAAACAGUUAGCACGAGAUACUUGCACGUGGAGGGAGGAAACUUCCAUGCCAGCUCACAACAGUGGGGAGCAUUUUACAUUCACCUCUUGGAUGAUGAUGAAUCGGAAGGUGAAGAAUUCACAGUUCGAGAUGGCUACAUUCAUUAUGGGCAGACAGUUAAACUUGUUUGUUCUGUCACUGGCAUGGCACUCCCAAGACUGAUAAUUCGAAAAGUGGACAAACAGACGGCAUUGCUAGAUGCAGACGAUCCAGUGUCACAGCUCCAUAAGUGUGCGUUCUACCUUAAAGAUACCGAACGAAUGUACUUGUGCCUUUCCCAGGAGCGAAUUAUCCAAUUUCAAGCCACUCCAUGUCCAAAAGAACCAAAUAAAGAGAUGAUUAAUGAUGGAGCUUCAUGGACAAUCAUUAGCACAGAUAAAGCAGAGUACACCUUUUAUGAGGGAAUGGGACCUGUCCACGCUCCAGUGACACCUGUGCCUGUUGUAGAAAGUCUCCAGUUGAAUGGAGGAGGGGAUGUAGCAAUGUUGGAACUUACUGGACAGAACUUCACUCCAAAUUUACGCGUCUGGUUUGGAGAUGUGGAAGCAGAAACAAUGUACAGGUGUGCAGAGAGCAUGCUGUGUGUCGUCCCUGACAUUUCUGCAUUCCGGGAAGGCUGGAGGUGGGUCCGCCAGCCAGUCCAAGUUCCAGUCACAUUGGUCCGCAAUGAUGGCAUAAUCUACUCUACCAGCCUUACAUUUACCUACACGCCAGAGCCAGGACCCCGACCCCACUGUAGUGCCGCUGGAGCGAUCCUCAGAGCCAACUCAAGUCUCCUGGCAUCCAACGAAACAAACACAAACAGCGAGGGAAGCUACACAAACGUCAGCACAAAUCCAACCAAUGUCACAUCAUCGACGGCAACAGUAGUUUCCUAACCACUGCUCUUUUAUGUGGAACUUCUAAAAAAAAAAACUAAGUGCUUCGAACAAUGAAACUGAACAACUUUUGUGGUUUCACGGUGGGGUGGAAAAACCUCUUCACUGCUUUUUGAACUUCUUUCACCUACAAGUGCUGAUCUCAGUAGAAGCCACAACUAAAAAAAAUCGCGGGGAGGAAAGUCCCAUUUCUAUUCAUACUCAAAAUCUAUUUUUAGUUGUCUCUUUUAAAAAUGGGCUCGAAACUAAAAAAAAUAAAAGUGGCUGGGAUACAAGUUGAACUAGAAAACAUGGACAUAACAUAGUUUUUAUGGACCAAGGAAUCGCUUUAGUAUAAAAGGUACAUUUUCACCAUACCUUUUUGUAUCACAACAUAUAGUAUGCUUUUGUUACCAAAUAGUUUAUAUAUUAUUAUUUUUUCCUCUGAGCGUUUGCUCUGAAGUAUACUCAGGUUCCAAGCCUGACCAUUCUUGUAUAAUCACCAUACUCUUCCAGUUUUUUAAAAAAAGUAUAUAUAUUUUUGGUCUGUGGCUGGAACUUGCAUUUUUUUAAACUGAAGUCUUGUGACUUUUUAUGAACUGAUUUUUUUUUUCACCAAGUAGAACCUUGUAAAGGCCAGCAUAUUUUUUUUAAGAUGAUAUGAAGUUUGUGCAAAAGCUUUAAAAAUGCCUCUGCCUUGCCUGCAAUACAUGCAAUGUAUGUUAACUUUAGAGCUCCUCUUUCAGCCAUUGUGGACAGCUCUUUCUAUAUGUGUUCCUUUGUUAUGUAUUUAUAGUGUUGAUUCAUGAGGUUUUUUACAUUACAAAUGUGGCCUCCUGCAGUUUUUCUUAACUGCUCAUGCUACUGGCAUCUGUUGGUGUUUCAGAGGGUUCUUCCCUUCCUUUCAUGGUCAAUACAUGCAUUCAGGUUGGCUUUUUUAUUUUUUGCUAAUCUUGUACAUAAUUUGCUAUUAAGUGUAAGUUAAAUGUGUGCGUGAUUAUUAUUUUUAAGUGAACUGUUCCCAAUAACUUCAUUUGGCAGCAUGUUUUUUCUGUCUCGUUGGCAUAUGGCAACAUUCCCCCCCCCCCCUUGAAGCAUUAGCCACAAACAGGAUUGUUCGGUGCAUCUCUUCUUUGUGAGUUGGGAGCCAUCACAAACCAAGAUGGCUAUAUCCUCAGAUGUUAGGCCAACCUAAUGAGCUUAUUCUUUUGUAUGAUAUUACUUUCUUUGGGUGUGAAGUCAUUGUACAGUUAAAUGAUAGUACUUAGAAAUGGCUAAUUGCAAAAGCACUGAUUUGGAUUACACUUCUCCCUCCUUUUCUCCGUUGCCAAUAAUCUACUGCAAGGUUCAUAUCUUUCCCCGAUUGCAUGUUAAUUGAGGGCCAAUUUACACUACUGCUUCCUUCUCUCCAAAGUCCUUUUCCAAAGCUUCUUGUGGAAUGCUCCCUAGGGAUCUUAAAUGCCUGUUCAUGUGUUGAAAGCAACAGGAGCUGGAGUUACACAGGGUUCCUUGUCUUUGCUGAGAUAGGCUAACCUGGCUACCACUCUGGAAAGUGUGCCUGUGCAGUAUCACCAGAGCCUGUCCUAACCUUUAGGAGCAGCUUUUGAGAGGACCAAAAGUUGCUCAGGGAAGGAGGGCACGAAAAGCCCCAGGCUUAUAUGGCCACAGGGUUUUCCCCUGCCAUCAUAUGCCUGGGAAUCCUUGUGAUUGAGGUUUAUAGGAUUAAGGUUUGUUGGACUGAGGUGGCGAAGAAGACCCAAUACAUACCGUAGUGGACCCAGUCACAAGGGUCCAUGGCUAGGGUUUCCAAGCCCCACUAGUGGGAGAGGAGAAGUGGUUGAUCUUGAGUUGCACUAGUUGGAUAUUGGUGGUACUUAAAUUUGGAAGUUGUUGUUUCUUAUCUCUCUACCCCACCCAUACUUUUGACAGUUGAGUUGAAGUGAUAUCUCUCUUGAUUUGUUGCACGCACAGAAGAAGUACCGUUACACUUCCCAGGACGUAGUCCCGGCGUGCAUUUCUCAUCCUCCCUCUUACCCAGUGGAGAAAUACUGUGUUCUUCCAUAAACACAAGGGAAGCGCUUGGCUGCACAAGUAAGCAACGUUACCGACUUCCACAUACUCAAGUUUAAUCAGCACUGUUACUUAUUUUGAGUAGAUUUUUUUCCGCAUCAAGGCUGUAGCUUCUAAACCCAUCCAGUUAAAUCAGUGCUGCUGUCUUGAAAUGCGCUGUGUUGUAUUUUCAUACUGUGUAACUUGCCGCCAACAAUAUUGUCGCGAGCUGCUGGUUCUUAAUACUUAGCCAGUCACUGCCUCUCCUCAUCUCUCUCUCUCUCUCUCUCUUUUUAGUGACCAAGGGCAGGAUUCACUGUGGCCUUAUCUCUGGCUUUUUACUGGCAUUUACUUGCAAGCCUGUAUACGUUGUCUGUUCUUAAUUUUCUCCUGGUUGUAACGUAGUGUGCAAAAUGCUUCACGGUGUGUACUGAAGAGGUAUUGACUAUUAUGCAGGGCUUUUCGUUGAAUGUGUUCGGGAUCAACAAGUGCUCGUGUCUGAGGUUUUCAGAAAAAUCAAAACUAAUAAUUGCAUGCACAGUUGAUAACUGUUACAAGCUUAUCAGCUUUCACAAUACCCCGGGUAUCGUCAUUUUUGCAUAUAGCUGCAUCUCAUCCUUUUUAAUCUCUUUGCCCUGUGUUGCCCAAAUGGCAUAUAUCCAAUAUUUGUAUCUCUUAAGGUGUUGAACAGAAGGAAUUAUAUCUACUUUUUGCCUUUCUCUACACUACAGGAUAGUGAGAGAGUGUUUUGGGGGGGAGAUAAAUUCCCUUUUAAGCAGUACCUUGUAACCUUAGGACACUUGGCUUUUGUAACCUUUUUGUCUGGACUAGCUGUCCUGUUAUCUUCAGGUAGGAAAAUUGGUAUAUUGGAAAUAGUCUUCCAGACUAAAAUUAGAAAGAAGCUUUCAUUGCUCUGAGUAAGUUUUAUUUUCUGAAUCUCUUUAGCUGAUGGAUGGAUCCUUAUUUUUUUCAUAAAUGGGUUUGGCUGUUCAACCUCCGUAGUGAGCUAAAUUUGCCUGCUGAUUUUACUGCCCUCUGCUAAUGUGCAGUAUUUGGGGGGGGGGAAUGAAACUGCGGUCUACAAAAUGCUUUUGGAAUAAGGUCACUGGCCUAAACAGGGCUAUCUCAGAAUAACCAGUCACAAUGAUCAUAGCCGGCAUAAGAGUGUUAUGCUAUAGCUUUUGAACCCUGUCUAGGGCCAUGUUAUACAAUCACUAGAAUAGAGGUUUUACUGAGACUGCACUACUAUAGGUGGAAGGGACUGUUUUGACUUUUAAAUACCUUCAGUCCCUAUAAAAUCAGCCUUUCCCCAUGCUCAUACUAGAUUUCUACAUUCAAGGAGUUCUCCACCCUCUGUGGCAGCAUUCGGACAUGCAGUCCCCUCCCUCUUGUAGUGGAACAUCGCAGAAACAACUUUUAUGACUUGGUUUUCUAACCUGGUCCUUAUUCUUGCAUCAUUGGGGAGGAUAAGUAACAUUUUUGAGUUGAUUCAGACCACUUUAUAAAUUGCUUUCCUAACAAUGUGAGAGAGCAAGCAGCAUGCUCUCUUUUGUAUGGAAAAAGCAGCUCGAUGCUGAGUGCUGCUGUUACACGUUAGGUCACCGUUAAACCUCCCAGAACGUAUUUUCAACAGGUCAGUCUCGAGGGGUUGUACAAGUCGUCUGCAAAUCUCUCAGUACAGAUCUCUUAAGUAGAGUGUGUUUGAUGCACCUCUGGCACUAGUGCAACCCAUUUCAGACCAAAUAGCUUCAUAGCGGCUUCCAUUCUGAAACAAGACACUUAACUUAUUAAUCAUGCCAUUUGUUUUUUCUUUAGAAAACUGGUUUAUGUGAGUGUAGAACGUCUGUACUUUUCCUGUGCCGGGUGUUUUAACUUUGUUUUUCCAACACUGUACAGUAAAUGUGGGAUUGGGUGGCAGCUUGGUGUUAUAAGCAAAUUUGGGUUUCCCUAAAUGCUUUUGGGACUGAAGUAUUUCUCUCUCCGUGGAAACUGCAAUACUGAGCAGCUACUCCAACAUGGUGAAUGUGUGUGGGUCUCCCCCCCCCCCAAUAUUCUGUUCUGUUUUGUGGAGCUUUAUAUGAUACUCUUCUUACGUUGUAUUGUGCUUUUGGAAUUAGAGCAUCACCACAAACAGGACAUUCAGCAUCCUGGAAGGAGAGAGAUUUGGUCCCAGCUCAUGUCUACUUGGAAGUCUGUUUAUACAUGUGUGCAUUUGGAAGUGAGUUGGCAGUUUCUUCUUGCUGUGCAUGAAAUUGCCACUUUGUGCACCCUUCCUCAGUCAAAGCCCCUUGGAUAACCCCCUCCCUGUGUUGAAAAAAAUGAAAAAGUGUGGGGGGAGCUCUGCAGGCUCUCCCAGCUUCCUACUGACAUGCACUGCAGCCAAACACUCCAUGUGUCAAACUCCUCCAUCCAUUGGCUGAAGGCAUCGGUGCAUUCCCCACAAUGCCCUUCGUGUUCUUUCAACUUAUGUGUGGAAUGUCAGAACUUCUCUGGUGCUUGUUUGUGGCUCUCUGCUAAGAAGCCAUUUGUUCUGGCAGCAAUCUCUUGAUGUUGGCUGCUGUUAAGAGUUUUUGUAUGGCUGAGGACCAGAUACAUCAGUCGACAGGAAGAGCACAGUUUUCCCUAUAUGGGGAAUGCAGUGUUAAAGUAAGCAGUUUGGGCUGCAAGCACGCAUCGGUAGCAAAGCCCCUGUUGAUAAUACUUCUGAGUAAAGUUGCAUAUGAUUGAGGGAAUGGGGAAUUCAUGAGACGAAACAUUGGUUGCAGGCCCCUUGUGGUGAUGUGUAUCUGUUAUGUGUGUACGUGCCCAUUCAGUCCUCAAAAGGGUUUUGUUUUGCAAACUGUGCACCUGUAAAACUCGGUAGCAAUAAGAUACAGUAGAAGGCUGAUCAAGUCUUUGCUAUACCUUUUGUAGGAAAACGAAUCUGCUCAGAUUUUAUAAUUCACCAGUUAAACUGAAAGCCUGCAAAUAAUCAGCAGUUUCCAGGAAUAAAUAAAAGUGAAAUGUAAGCCACAACAUGUUGUCAUGUUGUCACAUGUACAGAGUGUGUAAUUAGCUGGUUCAAUAUUCGAUUUUAAAACGUUUCAACUGUGUCAAGAUUAAAUUUAAUGUUCUGUUACUCUUCCUGUGACUAAUUAAUCAAAAAAAUUGUAUGACACUGAGAUGGUGGCAAACUUGUUAAGAUUUGAGUGCCCUUCUGCACACAAGGGAUCGGUUGACGGUGAAGUCACCUGUGUAACCCAGAAGAGCGGAACGUACCCAAUGCAAGAAGUCAACUCUGUGAGGAACUGCACUCUGGACUCCACGCAAACUGGAUAUGGAAUCUCUCUUCAUACAGCUUGUAAAAAUUGCAGAAGUUAGACAAGACUGUUUUUUUAUUCAAAUACUGUAAAUAUGAACUAGUUCACUUUUUGAUAUUAUUUAUUAAAUAAGGAAAAAACAAACUGUUUAAUUUCAUUUAAAUUAAUAGCUAUUUAAGUUGGCUUUAGAGAGUUGAAACAUUGAAAACUUGGGUUUAAUUCUGGUUUGGGUUUAGAUGGUAACUUUUUUUAAAAAAAACAAACAAACCUGCAUUUGAAAUUCUGGUUCGGAUAUAACGCAGAAAGGGAAAUUAAUCAACUCCUUGGAAUGUAGUUUAUAAAAUGAAUACAGUGGUACCUCGAGUUACAAACGCUUCAGGGUACAAACUCUGCUAACCUGGAAGAGUUACCUCGAGUUGAGAACUUUGCCCCAGGAUGAGAACGGAAAUUAUGUGCCGGUGGCACAGUGGCAGCAAGAGGCCCCAUUAGCGAAAGCAUGCCUCUGGUUAAGAACAGUUCCAGGUUAAGAACGGACCUCCAGAACAAAUUAAGUUCGUAACCUAGAGGUACCACUGUACAAUGAUUAACCUGAAGGAACUAUUUUUUUCUGAACAUGUGGCUGGGAUACAAACAGCUGUGUCUCUGCAUACAGUGGGGCAUUUUAAAACCCCAGAAACCUGUUCUCAAAAGGUUGGCUUUUUAUUUUAUUUUAUUUUUUGAGGGGGGGGUCCAUAUUUGUAAAUAAUGCAGCAUGAAGAUCUGUUAUUAGAAAAGGAACUGUGGGACCUCUGGUGUUUUAUACAGAAUUACUUGGGUACAUAAUACAGAAAUCUGUCGGUCCUGAUUCCACUUUGCUCCCUAUCAGUCAGACUUGAUUGCUUGAAGAUGGAAUUGAGCCAUCAGCACCCCGACACACACACGUUUUUUUCUAGGUGAGUGUUUGUUUGUUGGGUGUUUCAAAUUAGAAUUUUACAAGCACACAUACAACAUGAAAACAAGCUUCCAUAGAAUCUCCUGGCCUUACCUCCUCCCCUUUGUGGGUCCUAUUGUUAGUCAUUUCCUCCUGCAUCUUUUAUACUAAUCCAAUCUUUUACAUCUCCAUUAUAUCAAAAAUUCUACAAGUGUUAUUCUAAUCCUAAUAACAAUUUGAACUGUUUACAAUGGUUUUCAAGGUAAAUUAUAUAUAUAAAAAACCCAUUCCUUAUUAAAAUUUAAUAAGAAUUGAAAUUCUUCCCGACAUUUUUGCUAUUUUGGCAUAAUCCAUCAAUUUAAUCUGCCAUUCUUCUCCGGUUGCGACAUUGUCUUCUUUACAUCUCUGGGCCAAUAACACCCGCGUAGCUGUUGUCACAUUCAUAAAUAGUCUUUUCUGCUCCAUUGUGAUUUCGGCGCCUAAAAUUCCUAAAAGAAAGGCUACGGUGUUUUUUUUUUAAAGAAUAAGUUAUUUUAAGCAUUUUUAAAUGUUUAAAUAGAGUUUAUGAUUCAAAUUCCAUCUGCAAAUGACAACUAUGAGGAACAUUGGCCAUUGCUAAUGUUUUGGUCUUUUCUUGCUAGAACCAUCAAUGGUCAAACAGUGGGGUUUCUCUUCUGGUUUAAACAUUUCAAAGCAAGUGGGGAUUCCAUGUGUUCAAAGCCACAUUUGUAAUAGUCUUGCCAACAGAGUACAUAGGCACCAGCAGCCUGUGAUUGUAAUCAUGGAUUCUUGCUACACUAUGGUUACACUUUAAGUUUUCUUGGUUACACACAUGUUUUAAACAGCACCUUAAAGCGCUGUGUUCAUAUUCCUAAGGAGGGUCAGAGAAGUCAGUGAAUGUGAUGUUAGAAUAACACACAUUUAUGGAGUACAGUGGUACCUCAACUUACAAAUUUAAUGCGUUCCGAAAGCACAUUCGUAAGUCAAAAAAAAUUGUAAGUCGAAUCCCAUAGGAAUGCAUUGGGAGAAAAAAUUCGUAAGUCGAAGCAACCCUAUCUAAAAAUUCGUAAGUAGAAAAAAAUCCUAUCUAAACCGCAUCCAAGAUGGCGGACGGAGCUCCAUUCGUAAGUAGAGUUAUUCAUAAGUAUAGAGGUACCACUAAUUUAAAGUGAUCCAAGCACUUCAUACAUAUUUUCCCCCUAGUAAUCCUAUUAAUAACCUUUAAAUAUAGGCCGGUAUUAUCCUCACGUUAGUUUUCAAGAGUGGCUUGUUUUAUCCUGGAGCAAACGGGGAGAAUUCCUAGCCCGAAAUGCUCCCUAGACUAUAGCAGCUCUAAUACGGCAAGCCAUUUUCAUGCUAAAAAAUAAUGCACCUGACAUUUUUAUGGAACGUGGAGGUGGGUAGGCGUAUUUAUCCUGGUUCGGCUGCAUAAAUCAUCCUGGCUUUUAUGCUUUAAAAAUUCUGUGAAACUGAAGUGUAGCCUUUCUCAAAUAUUAACUAUCUUAACAUGCUAUUUCCCCGUUACACUUAACAAAACACCAAGGUUUUGUGCAAAGUGCAUGAAAGUAGUCUGGGGUAAUUGUUACUGCUUUUAUUUUCAUUUCAUAAUUUAUUCCCUUCCCUGCUACGCGGGAGAAACUCGAUUUUGGUCGUGAAUGGCAGGCUUCCAUUAUUGUUAAUGAAUAAAAUGGUGAUAAUGGGCUUAUUGCGAGGUAACCACACGAUAUUACUGGCUUUAUUAGCUGAGAUGCAGCCUCAUGUUGCAAGCAAUGGCUUCGCAGUUGCUUUUAACACCCUUUUCUCUCCAUCCACCCAGCCCCCCUGUCAAAGAGUAUGUCACCUGAUACAUGACCAUUAAAAAAAAUAAAACCUAAGCCUUUACUGCAUUAUAUUUGCCCAUACCUCCAAGAGUUUCGUAGCUCUGCACGUGGUUCUCCCAAAUCACUUUACACUCAACAUUUCUGUGUAGUAGAUGGGGCUGAGACAGUGACUGACCCAUAUAGUCUAUAUACAAUGUAAGCUAGACGAAGGUGGCGCUGUGGUCUAAACCACUGAACCUCUUGGGCUUGCCGAUUGGAAGGUUGGUGGUUUGAAUCCUCGCGAUGGAGUGAGCUCCCAUUGCUCUGUCCCAGCUCCUGCCAACCUAGCAGUUUGAAAGCACGCCAGUGCAAGUAGAUAGGUGACGGGAAGGUAAGCGGCGUUUCCGUGUGCUCUGGUUUCCCUCACGGUGUCCCGUUGCGCCAGAAGCGGUUUAUUCAUACUGGCCACAUGGUCCGGAAACCUGUCUGUGGACAAACACUGGCUCCCUUGGCCUGAAAGCAAGAUGAGUGCCGCAACCCCAUAGUAGCCUUUGACUUACCUGUCCAGGGGUCCUUUACCUUUUUUUUAAAGCUAGAUCACGUCCGUCUGAAAAAGCAAAAUAAGAAACGAGCUGUUGGUGAACACGUUUCCGAGCACAAUUCAAAGUGUUGGUGCUGACCUUUAAAGCCCUAAAUGGCAUUGGCCCAGUAUACCUGAAGGAGCAUCUCCACUCCCAUCGUUCAGCCCGGACAUUGAGAUCCAGCGCCGAGGGCCUUCUGGCGGUUCCCUCACUGUGAGAAGCAAAGCUACAGGGAACCAGGCAGAGGGCCUUCUUGGUUGUGGCACCCACCCUGUGGAACGCCCUCCCACCAGAUGUCAAAGAAAUAAAUAACUACC